CAGAAUAUCCUCGACUCGCUUGAGCCUCUACGGCUACUUCUUCGUUCACAUGGAGAGGCUGCUCGGUAUGUACUCCUCAAUCCACACCCCAAAUUCCAGUUCUAGCCCCUUGGCUUGAGCCUGCUUAGGUACUGUUGCAAGCCACAGCCGGUGAUAAUGCCGUUUCUCGCGGAAGAGCAUAUUGCUAUUCCAAAUAAGGACUUAUUGUCUUGGAUGUUUGAUGGGCAGACGUAUGAUCAGGAUAAGCCUAUAUACAUCGACGCCGCAGAUCCAUCUCGUACAAUAUGUUCACGACAGGCAAGAUCGACGGUGAGGAAGUUGUGUGCAGGUUUUAAGACUAUUGGGCUAAAGGAGGAUGAUUGUGUUUGCAUGUUGUCGUUCAAUGAUAUCUACUACUCCAUGGCCUUCCUGGGAAUAAUCUCCUUCGGCGGCAUAUUUGCCGGUUCCAACCCUUCCCAUACCACCUACGAACUCACUCACGCCUUUAAAACCGCCGCCGUCCGCGCCCUACUCGUCGAACCCGACCUCCUCCCCAACGCCCUCAAAGCCGCGAAAGAAUGCAACAUCCCGGCGUCCCGGAUUUUCGUCUUCGACCACCACACGCCUCUCUCCACGUCCUCUAACUGCUCGAGUAGAUGGGUUGAGGAGCUGGGAAGUGAGGAGAAAUGGGGUGGGUUGAGAAGUUGGAGGAGUUUGAUGGAGUGUGGGGAGUGUGAUUGGGAGAGGUGGGAUGACGAAGAGAGGAGUAAGAGGAAGACUGCAGCGAGGCUGUUUAGUAGUGGGACGACCGGGUUGCCUAAGGCGGUGGAUAUGAGCCAUUAUAAUUUUGUGGCGCAGCAUACUAUGGUUUUGGAGUAUAAGGAAAGGGAUUAUGAUGUUGUGAGGCUAUUGUGUACGCCAAUGUUUCACGUCUCGAAUGUUCCACGCGCUCACACUUCCCCUCUGCGCGGUGGCAUGAAAACAUUCAUAAUGAAGCGAUUUGACCUCGAGUCAUGGCUCCGCAACGUUGAACGCUUUCAAAUCACCGAAGGAAACCUAGUUCCCCCAAUGGUAAUUCAAAUCAUCAACUCCCCCCUCACAAAAGCCUACUCCCUGCACUCCAUCCGGUACGCCUGGGUUGGCGCUGCCCCCCUCGCCCCCUCGCCCCAGGCCCGCUUCAAAGCUCUCCUCCGCUCCUCCGCCCCCUUCAACCAAGUCUGGGGCAUGAGCGAAACUUCUUGCAUCGCUACCAUGAUCCAUUACCCUGAGCACGACCCCACCGGCUCCGUCGGCCGCUUCCUACCUAACCUCGACGCUAAACUCGUAGAUGACUUUGGGCGGGAUGUUUCUGGGUAUGAUAUCCCCGGAGAGCUGUGCGUAAGGGGGCCGUUGAUCGUGAAAGGGUAUUUUGAAAAUGAGGCGGCGAAUCGGGAGAGUUGGGACCAAGAGGGCUAUUUUCAUACCGGUGAUAUUGCGGUUAGGAGAAGGGAGAAUGGGUUGUGGUAUAUUGUUGAUCGGAAGAAGGAGUUGAUUAAAGUUAGGGGAUUUCAGGUUGCGCCGGCGGAACUUGAGGGUGUUCUGCUAAUGCAUCCGGAUAUUGCGGAUGCGGCAGUUUUGGGGGUGCCGGCUGGUGGAGAUGGGAGUGGGGAGAGUGCAGAUACUCAAACUGGCAGUGAGGGCGCUGGAAGAAUAGGAGAUGCUGGUAGGUCAGGAAGUGAGGUCCCAAGAGCGUAUUUGGUGCGGAAGAAGGGGAGUGCUUUGAUGGAAAAAGACGUGAACUUGUAUAUGAGGGAGAAGUUGGCAGGAUAUAAGCAGUUAGAUGGUGGGGUGAUAUUUUUAGAGGCGAUUCCAAAGAAUGCGAGUGGGAAAAUUUUGAAGAAGGAGUUAAGGGAGAUGGCGAGGAGAGAGAUGGGGGCGAGGAUUUAGAUUUAUAGAUAGGGAGGUAGCUGU